ACUUGCUGUAAAGUGACUUGACGUAGCCAACCGCUAGCGCAGUUGCAAUUGAGUUGUUGACCGUGUCGGACUUUUAAAUCGAAUAGUCUCUUGCCUGUUUUAUAAAUAUAUAAGAAAAUAUCAAGCCAAAAAAAGUCAAAAAGCUGCAAGGAAUAUUAAUUAGGAAACGGGCAAAGGAUAACUAUUUAGAAACCACUCCAGCAACAGUAGUAGCAGCAUCGCCACGGUGACAGCGACGGAAGCAAUCAGCAAUAGCAGAUAGUUAUUAAUUUUUAAAUUCCACCUUUAACCAACUAACAAAAACACAACAGCAGAAAUGGCUGACCAACUGACAGAAGAACAAAUCGCUGAAUUCAAAGAGGCAUUCUCGCUCUUCGAUAAAGAUGGUGAUGGCACCAUCACGACAAAAGAAUUGGGCACAGUGAUGCGAUCACUAGGACAAAAUCCAACAGAAGCCGAACUGCAAGACAUGAUAAAUGAAGUCGAUGCUGACGGCAAUGGCACCAUUGACUUUCCCGAGUUCUUGACAAUGAUGGCACGCAAAAUGAAGGAUACCGAUAGUGAAGAAGAGAUCCGAGAAGCCUUUAGAGUAUUUGAUAAGGAUGGCAACGGCUUCAUUUCAGCGGCUGAAUUACGUCACGUCAUGACAAACUUGGGUGAAAAGUUAACAGAUGAGGAAGUGGAUGAAAUGAUCCGGGAGGCUGAUAUCGAUGGUGACGGUCAGGUCAAUUAUGAAGAAUUCGUGACUAUGAUGACAUCGAAGUGAGCAGAUAAAUUACUUGUUUUUAAGCCUUUCUAUGUUUUUAAGAUGUUGACGAAGACUGUAGCUGUGCGCCACAACAUCGCGCGACGCUGUUGCUAUGGAAACCAUUAAAAAAUGCAAAAAUAUAUAAAUCUUGAAAAAAGGAGAGAAUUAAAUUUAUAAAUAAACAUUUAAAAAACAGAAUACAUUAUAAUAAAUUACACUUUAAUAUUUAAAAUAAAGAUAAAUAAAACUUACAACUCAAUGUAAUAAUGAUGAUAAAGGCAUACACCAAUACAUUACACACAACACCCAUUCUAAAACUCUUUCACACACACACACACAAA